CUUAUUCUCACCCAAUUCGAAAUCUGAAUUUCAGAUACUUUUAUCAAGCGCAACAGCAAUUUGUCCUGUGCUAACACUCUUAUACUGAUUUCAUAUACACAUAUAUAUACUCUCGCAUUACAAACACAAGUGAAAGGCCCAUUCAGCUCACUUCUUUUGUCAUUAUUUUAUUAUUAUUUAUCUUCACAUUAAGACACACAUCGAGUUUAUAUUUUUACAAGACAAUCUAAUCCAACAAACGAGCUUUUUUACCUCCAGGGUUUACCUACGAAGGCCUUAUUAGUAGACAAUGAGAAUUAAGAAGCUCCAGCACAAGCGGCUUAAUUUCCCGCCCCAGGAGAUGCAGCCGCUGCGCGAACAGCUCGAAACAACACCAAUUAACAACAUACACGAGGUGCUCAAACCGUACCAGGAAUGGCCUUUUGUUCGUGGCGACAUGUACCACUGGAUUACCGUGCUCAACCGGUUUGACGACAUAAUGGCCGACGUGUGCGAAAAGUUUGGGCUGACUUCCUUGCAAAAGGUUGACUUUGAUGCAGAAACGCGGGUGCUGCUGGUGUCCAUUUUGGAAUUUUCGAGGCUCCUCAUGGAGAACUGCAUCAACCGCAAUGUGUACAACUCGGUCGAGCGUCUCGAUUGCCUGCUCAACACUAGUGAUCCUGAGGUGCUCGAGAGCACACUGCGGAUGCUGCUGCGCGCGGCGCAUCGGUGGAGCUACCAGCGCGACGUAAAGACCAGCCUGACUGUCAUGAGCACCCGUCUGAUGACUGUCGCCGACACUUGGCGCACAAACAAGGACAUUACCACCGGGAGCGGCAACAGCAGACAGUCGGCAGAGGGCAGCGUGUCACACACCAACGAGUUCAAGAUGCUUGCUAGCGGCGAUGAGAGUACACCGCCAAGAACAAGCGAGGCAGUCGUUCGCUACUCGUUCUUCCGCACUGCCGACGAGGCACGCCAGCUUGAAGAGGAUGCCGGCAGCGAUCAGAGCAAGCCACAAUCAAAGCGCAGCUCAGGCCUGGCCACCGAAGGCUUGGUGGCAAUAGACGCGCCCAUCGAUAGCUUGAACUUGGACCGGGCAGCCAGCCGCUACGAGCAGGUGCGCCAGGCAUUUGACACACUGGUCGCCCAGUACAGGAUUCCCGCCGCCCACCAAUUUGAACUGCGCCAUCGCAUCCAGGUGGCUAUGUCCUUUGCGACUGGCGACAGCGCUCUGCGGUUCACACUGCUGCGCUCGCGCAUUUGCGCAGCAGCCUUCUCUCGCAGCUGAUGAGCGAACAAGAGUUCAAAAACGCGUUCUUAUCCCGCGAGCCCAACUUCAC